AUGCCUAAUUAUCAAACUAAAGUUGUCGAAUCAACAACUAUCGUGAAAACAACAACAACAUUGCAAGGCAUUGAGCCAAAUUUACCGGCUGAUGUUAAGAACUCAUGCACCACCACCAGCACCACAAACGCCUCCGCGAAAAAAAGUGUUGUUUUCGAAGAGAAAAAUGUCGUCGUAAUUGUCAAUGCUGAUGAAGCAGACUCUUCUAAUAGCUCACCGUUGAGCAAUGAGGAAAUCGACCAAAGUGCAUUAAAUGUUGACAUAGAUACGCUUAGUUGUAGUGAAGAUAGAAUACAAAAACAAUCUAAUUAUUCAUCCUCUUCUUUUUAUUCAUCUUCAUCUUCUUGUUCUUCUUCUUCAUCUAAUUCUAAUUCGAAUUCUAAAAAAUCUACAGAAAUCGAAGAUCGGCAAUUGAAUAGAGCUGUUUUCAAUAUUGGAGACAGUACGCUCGCGGAUUCAGUGAUAAGAGAAACAUUCGUCAACGACAAAGCUAGUUCGGGUAAAAAUAGCUUAAAAACGGGGUCAGCUAAUACAAAGGAUGCAGAAGUGUCGGCUGCCGAAAAUCCAUCGGCGGCUUCGGCAUCGUCGGCAACUGCAACUGCAACAGAAUCAGAAACACCAACGACACAAUCGAUAGAAACUACGAGAAUCAAUGAAUCGGUAUCGGAAAAAUUACGCGACAUAUCGGAACAAAGGUCAAAAAGUACAGACAGUGCAACGGAAGUGAUCGAGUCAAUCAGCAGCCGUCAAUCAAGUCAUUUUUCAUCAAAAGAAGACUAUUCAUCAAAAGUGAUCAUUCAAAAGGACAUUGAUCGAAAUGGUUCGACAAGAUCGGUGCUGAGUCAUUCAAAUCCUCCCAAUAAAAAAUCUCAAGUAAUCACACAUCAUGAAGAACAAUCUUCAUCAUCUACUAGUCAUAGAGCAACAAAAAAUGGAGUUGAUUUGUCAAAAAAGCAGCAGAAAGCUCAACAACACAAACUUUAUCAUUUUCGAAUGUCCGAGGACAACCGUCUUCGAGCCAGAUAA